AUGGCGAGGCCCGGGGUGUCCGGAGCGCGGGGGUCAAGAUUCCUCCGGCGGCGGCAGCAGCUGCAGCAGCUCGAGCUCCGCCGCGCGUCCGCGCCUCCACACUCACUGCCCGCAGCGCGCGCCGCCGCCGCCGCCGCCCGCCCCAACGGUCCCUCAACGGCCGCUGCGCGCGCCCCGCCCCGCCCCGCCCGGCCCCGCCCCGCCCGCGCGUCGCCGCACUGCGGCUCCCACGGAUCCCUCCGCGCCUCCCUUCGCGCCUCCCUCCGCGCCUCCCUCCGCACCACAGGGCCCGCGGAUCUCUCGCUCUUGGUUCGCGCAGACCUGUGUUUACGGCCAGCCGCGCGCGCACCCGCCGCGGGACUACUUUCCGUCGCCGCGCGCCCCGCACCCGUGCGGCUUUACUUUUCUCCUCGGCGGAGGGGCACCUCACGGCGGCGCGUGAUGCGUCCCUCCAGGAAUGCUAAGAUGGGCCUUCAGGGUUGCAGAAACAGAGCCAGCAGCAGCAGGUUGACCCAGAAGGGCAAGAAGAAGCACCAAGAAGGCCUGCUUUCCAGGUCGGCGAGGUGGGAGUCCGAAGACUCUUCCUGGGACAGCCUGAGUGUCGUGAUUGAGGAGAUGGAUCAGGAGGACUUGAGCAGGGAACAGAGCGUGUGCGGGACCAUGCUCCAGGUCACUGCCAAAGAGCUCAUUAAGAUGUGGGCCCUCCUGAGCAAAGAGCAUGGAGAGGGUCUCUGCGAGUUCUUGGCCUUGGCAACGGUGAAGGAUGAAGACAAAAAGAGGGAGACAGAGAAAGACACACCCCACUCCCCCCACCCCGCCGCCGGGGCUGAGUCUAUCAGCCUGGACAUCCAAGAGUACUGGAGCUAAUUCCCUAACUUACUGGGUCCUUCUCAGGUGGAGGAAGGGACCAUGGACAGUGAUGCCUCCCAUAGUCAAUCGCAGGAAACUGGGGACCCAGAAAAAGAGGGGCUGGACAAUCCCGAGUUUGUGGUCACUGGGGCUUAUACAGACCCCUCAGACCCUUGCACCGGUGAGAUGGUGAAAUCAUUUCUGUGAUCUGAGCCCCUGGGCUGGAGUGACAAGAAAGGCAAGAAAGACGCCCUUCCCAAGGUCUUGACCAUCAUGGCCAAGGACACUUCCAGAACUUAAGCGGAGGCAGGCUGCCAGGUGGACGCCAUGGUCCUGAGGAAGGCCAACGACGAUGGGCACCUGCGGGAAAGCAUCGCCGCAAGGAUUGGGCCGAAGACCCCAUUCCAAGGAAGGCAGGCUCCGUGUGGCCCGCUGGGGACCUGGGGCGGUGCCGAGGAAGAUGAAGUGGGGCGAGUCCCCCCAGGGCUAAUGACGCUCCUGGCGGUCCAGGAAGUGGCCGAGGUGAUGGAGGAAGAAAAGGAAAAAGCCUGGGAAGGCAGGAGGUUCAAAGGCGCCAAAGGCAACGUGGGGGAUGGUGGCCCCGUGGAAAAACGGGAGCCUGAGCCCGAAGAUCAAGCGUCUGGGGAGCGCUGGGCCAGGCGACUCGCAGGGCCCCAGGGGCAGGGGCGGUGGCGCUCCCCAGGAGAAGAAAGCCCAGGAUGA